AUGGAGCCCAAGCACGACAAGAAAGAUAAAGACAGGGCUGUGGCAGAGGAAGCCCUUGAGGAAGACAGGGUCCCCCUGAAGAGGAUGAAGACUAUCCGAGAGACCAUGAGGGAAAAGGGUGUGCUCAAUGACUUCCUGAAAAACCACAAGUAUGACCCUGGUCUGAAGUACCGCUUUGGCAACUUCGGUGACUUUAGUGUACUCUACGAGCCUAUUGCCUACAUGGACGCUGCCUACUUUGGUGAGAUCAGCAUCGGAACUCCACCCCAGAACUUCCUGGUCCUUUUCGACACUGGCUCCUCCAACCUGUGGGUGCCUUCUGUCUACUGCCAGAGCGAGGCCUGCACCACACACACCCGCUACAACCCUAGCAAGUCCUCUACCUACUACACGGAAGGACAGACCUUCUCCCUGCAGUACGGCACCGGCAGCCUUACCGGCUUCUUUGGCUAUGACACUCUGACCGUCCAAGGCAUUAAGGUCCCCAACCAAGAGUUUGGCCUGAGUGAGAACGAACCCGGCACCAAUUUCGUCUACGCAGACUUCGAUGGUAUCAUGGGCCUGGCCUUCCCCGGCCUGUCUGCCGGUGGUGCCACCACUGCCAUGCAGGGCUUGUUGAAGGAGGGUGCUCUCUCUCAGCCCCUCUUCGGUGUCUACCUCGGCAGCCAGGAGGGAUCUAACGGUGGACAGAUCGUUUUUGGAGGUGUGGACAAGAACCUCUACACUGGGGAGCUCACCUGGAUUCCUGUCACCCAGGAUCUCUACUGGCAGAUUAGCAUUGACGACUUCCUUAUUGGUGGAACCACCUCUGGCUGGUGCUCCCAGGGCUGCCAAGGCAUUGUAGACACUGGCACCUCUCUCCUCACCAUGCCCUCUCAGUACCUGAGUGACUUUCUGCAGACCAUUGGAGCUGAGGAAGAAUAUGGAGAGUAUUUUGUGAGCUGUGACAGCGUCAGUAGCCUGCCUACCUUCAACUUUGUUCUCAACGGUGUCGAGUUCCCUCUGUCACCCUCUUCCUACAUCCUCCAGGAGGAUGGCUACUGCAUGGUGGGCCUUGAGAGCACCCCUCUGACCUCUGAAGAUGGCCAGCCCUUCUGGAUCCUUGGGGAUGUCUUCCUCAGGUCUUACUAUGCCGUCUUUGACAUGGGCAAUAAGAAGGUGGGCUUUGCCACUGCUGUCUAGACAUGCCAUCUAGACCCUGUGCCCUUCGUCCUCUCAACCUCCCCCAACUUGUGAGGGGUACCUUCUGUCCUUGCCCUCUGCUUCCAGCCUUCCCUUUCUGUACCCGACACUUUCUCUGAUAAUAAAUAGUUCUUCACAUUGAA